UGCAUGUAAACAUAACAGCCCGUGCAUACAUCCGGUUCCAUUUAUGUAGAAUUAUAAUUAUACAUUGGCUGCAUCUGUCCCAUUCCUUUUACGCAGAAUUAUAAUUAAAUGUUUACUGUGUAAAUCCCAUUUCAUUUAUGUUGAAGGGUGUGAUUCUUCUGUUUCAUACCGUGAAGAAACGGAAGAUUCACAUGCUUCAGUAAGAGGGAAAAGACAGCUUAAAACAUUGACGCUUUGCUGUACAGAAGGGAAAUCCUCAACUUUCCUGGGAUAUAUCGCAUAAAUGCUUAAAUUACACUGAUUUCAGCCCUGAAAAUUCGAUAGAACUUUCUGGGAUGGAAGAUGGAAGACAGAGGAUCUCGGGUUGCUGACUAUUUUGUUGUGGCAGGAUUAACUGAUAUUUCAAAACCACUAGAGGAGGAAAUCCACUUCAAUGAUGCUUGUCAUAAACUUGCAAAGCCAAAAGAACCAAUCACAGAUGUGGCGGUGAUAAUUAAAUCUCUUGGGGAAGAUGUCCCUCAUGGGUACAAAUGCAUCGAUGUCACUCCAUCAGGAUUGUCAGCUGAUCUCAACAAUGGCAGCCUUAUGGGACCCCAAAUAUAUAUGUGCUACAGGAGAGGAAGGGAUAAACCCCCACUUACUGAUCUGGGGGUUUUAUAUGAUGGGAAAGAGCGAUUAAAGCAGGGAUGUGAAAUCAUUCAGACCACUCUGUCUGGCCGCCCUGCAAAUAUCAGUAGCGGUGCCUCAUCACAGAAAGUGUACCUAACAUAUCGAAGAGCGUUCGAGAACAUGACGCAGAACACCUUGGCGGUCACAGACAUAUGCAUCAUCAUCCCGAGCAAGGGGGAAACCCCUCCACAUACCUUCUGUAAAGUUGACAAGAAUCUGAACAAUAGCAUGUGGGGCUUACCAGCCUACUUGUGUUAUAAGAAGUCUGUGGCAAAAACAAACACCAUAUCGUAUAAAGCAGGUCUGAUAUGUAGAUAUCCAGAAAAAGACUACGAUUCAUUUCCUUUACCAGAAUCAGUACCUCUCUUUUGCCUCCCAAUGGGUGCAACAAUUGAAUGUUGGCCUUCUAAUAGCAAAUAUCCCCUCCCUGUAUUUUCUACAUUUGUGCUAACUGGAGCCUCGGCUGAAAAGGUCUAUGGUGCUGCUAUUCAGUUCUAUGAAACAUACUCUGAGGAACAUCUCACAGAAAAACAGAAAUCUCAGUUGGGUUUCAUGACCGUACCCAGCUCUAAAACCGUUCAGACUAAUAAAUGCAUCUGCCUUCUGUCCCACUGGCCAUUCUUCGAUGCUUUCAAGAAAUUUCUUACUUUUCUGUAUCGCUAUUCAAUAUCUGGUCCACAUGUCCUUCCUAUUGAGAAGCAUAUUUCCCAUUUUAUGCACAAAGUUCCUUUUCCGUCUCCACAAAGACCAAGGAUUUUAGUUCAGCUUUCACCCCAUGAUAAUCUGAUUCUCAGUCAGCCCAUAUCAUCACCUCUACCGCUGAGCGGAGGGAAGUUUUCUGCUCUUCUGCAGAACCUUGGGCCUGAGAAUUCUGUAAAUCUCCUUGUAUUUGCCGUGACUGAACAUAAAAUCCUUAUCCAUUCUUUACGUCCUUCGGUCCUUACCAGCGUAACAGAAGCCCUGGUCUCUAUGAUAUUUCCUUUCCACUGGCCGUGCCCGUACAUUCCUCUCUGCCCUUUAGCCCUGGCUGAUGUUUUGAGUGCACCGUGUCCGUUCAUAGUAGGAAUUGAUUCCAGAUAUUUUGAUCUCUAUGACCCUCCCCCAGAUGUUAGCUGCGUUGACCUAGAUACAAACACCAUUUCACAGCCAGGAGAUAAGAGAACGAUUGCGUGGAAGAUCUUGCCAAAGAAACCUUGUAAAAAGUUGAUGAACACUCUAAACAACUUAUAUCAGCAGCUAGCGGCAUUGCAGCAAAGACCACGAGAUGAUGCUUUAAUGGAACUGGCCAUGAAUGAGUAUGAUUUUCAUUCAGGCUCGAAGCUGCAUCUGUUAGAUAUGGAAAUUCAAGAGGCCUUUCUCAUUUUUAUGGCUUCUAUCCUAAAAGGCUACAGAUCCUAUCUAAGGCCUAUUACCCAAGCCCCUUCUGAAACGGCAACCGAUGCAAGCUCCCUGUUUGAACUGCAAGGAUUCUUAAAAAGCCGUGAUCGUUCGCAUCAAAAGUUUUAUACUAUGAUGACCAAGACACAAAUCUUCAUUCGCUUCAUUGAAGAAUGCUCUUUUGUUAGCGAUAAAGAUGCAAGCCUUGCAUUUUUUGAUGACUGUGUAAGUAAAAUGGAUAUGGACAGGACAGGUGAGACACGGCUUAUAGAACUUGAUGAGUCCCACAAGAGUGAACACACCGUCUUCAUAACACCCCCAGAGAUUCCUCAUCUGCCCAAUGGAGAGGAGCUCCCAUUUCAGUACAGCUACAGUGGAUUUCCGGUACUAAAGCAAAACUUAUUUGAACAGCCAGUGGGACUUCUGACAACGCAAAACAGCAAAUUGUCUUCGAAAGCCAGCAGCCCGAACAGCCCUUUGCCAGUGUUCAGGAGAACGAAACAGGAAAUCAAGUCUGCUCAUAAGAUAGCCAAGAGAUACUCCUCCAUUCCCCAGAUGUGGUCCAGGUGUUUACUGCGCCAUUGCUACGGCCUGUGGUUUAUCUGCCUUCCCGCUUAUGUCCGUGUUUGCCACUCCAAAGUAAGGGCUCUGAGAACAGCCUACGAUGUUUUGCGCAAGAUGCACACAAAAAAGAUUGAUCCCCCCGAUGAGGUAUGCUAUCGAGUGUUGAUGCAGUUAUGUGGACAAUACGGGCAGCCUGUCUUAGCCGUAAAAGUCCUUUUUGAGAUGAAAAAAGUUGGGAUCGAUCCUAAUGCCAUCACGUAUGGUUACUACAAUAAGGCUGUUUUGGAAAGUAGCUGGCCAUCAAGCAAUCGAAGUGGCUACUUCCUAUGGACAAAGAUAAGAAAUGUCAUCUUGGGAAUAGCCCAGUUUAAAAGAGUUCUAAGAAAACAACCUGCAAAUGGCAUCCACAAAACUCUUUCUGGGGGCCAUUCGGAUCUCUUAUAUAAGUUGUCUAAAGAAGCAGCUAAGCAAGAAAAAGCAAGUGUUCAGAACAGCGGGGACCAAAGAGAUGAGAAAAAGGAGAGUGACUCAAGUUCCUUGUCUGAAAUUGAGAGUGCAAAGGGAAGCGGUGACUGCCUCCCAGCAUUAAAUUAUCAGAAUUCCAGUUGUGCUAAGCUGGGUUCAAGGAUUGUUCGUAUUAAUGGUACAACUGGCAAAAUAUCAGAUGCAGCAGGAGAUAGAGCUACAGAAAGCUCUGCAGGAUUGCUUUUCUCUUGUUUUGACAAUAUCAAUAAAACAGGAGUCACUAAAGCCGAAAACCUGAGAAACAAGCACCUAAAUGCAGCUGAAAAACACAAACGGAUAGUUUGGCGAAAUAGGAACCUGAGUGGAGAUGCUCUAAUGGAGCUCAUGAAAAAUCAGAUUAAUCAUGAAGCCAGUCCUGAAGAAAUCGUUGAAAAACUAGGCGUGGAUGCAAAGAUCCUUUCUAAAGUGUUUGAGAAGAGAAUAAGGCCAACGACUCUCAACCUCCGACCUUCUUCCUUGGGACCCGGUCGGAAGAGCAAUCUGGAAAAAGAAUCUAGCGAUGAAGAUGUGUCCUAUGAGAACAGUUUUGUGGAUAAAGCAGAGUCUCCUGUUAUAUUUGAUUUGGAAGAUCUGGAUAAUGAACCUGUCUCAGUGAAACCUGUGAAGCCGAUGCAUAAAAAGCCAAAGAAGAUUCAGCGGGCCAUAAGUUUUCCAGUGAAGCCCAUCGAGAAGGUUGACAUUGAAGCUGGAUUUGAUCCGCUCUCCUUGCUAGCGGCUGAGACGGAGCAAGGGAAGGAGGAAGAGGAGGAAGAGGAGGAGAAAAGGGCCUCCACCCCAUCGGCAAGGCGUGAUUUGGCUGAGGAAAUAGAGAUGUACAUGAACAAUAUGAGUAGUCCUUUAACAAGCCGUACACCCAGCAUCGAUUUGCAAAAAGCCUCCAGCGAGAAGAAUCCCAACAAAAAGAGCCCAACGUUGGCCCCGCCAUGCCGAAGAUCUAGCCUUCCUCCGAACUCCCCCAGGUCAGUAAGCCUCACCAAAUCCAAGACCUACCAUGUAAAACCUGAAAGGGUGAGGGGUAGGCUUUGGUCCUCUCCGGUGUUCUCUCCAAACAAUUUGUCAAGGGGACAAUCUCAAGACGUGGCUGGUGAAGUCACACUUGCCUCUCCAACCUCAUUCAACUUGGAUACGCUCCUGACGCCUACUUUCGAUGUUCUGAAGAGCAGCAUGUUCUCUGCAGGAAAAGGGGUGGCGGAGAAGGCCAGCAAGUGGUAUUCAAAGUUUGCCACGUAUGCAGCGGCAUCGAAGGAUCAAAACUCAGACCGAGCAAGUGUUUCCUCCCUUGGGGCCCUGGAUUCAGAAUCUGCCUCUCUGACCGAUGAAGAAACGUGCAAUGAUUUGGAAAGCAACUGUUCUCCUCGGGAGGACGCGUCAGCUGCUUUCAAGGGUAUUGGCCGGAGCUCAACAAGUCUUGAAAGCUCAACUUCCAACAAUGGUUCCUCAAAACGGUCCUCUCAGUGUGGUUCCUUUUCAAGAUCAGAGGUAGUUUCCUCUUGCAGUCCAAGCAGUACCAGCGUCUUCCAGAAUUAUGCACUGGAGGUCCUCAUCUCAAGCUGUUCCCGAUGUCGAACCUGCGACUGCCUGGUUCAUGACGAAGAGAUCAUGGCGGGCUGGACUGCGGACGACUCCAACCUUAACACCACCUGUCCAUUCUGUGGAAAUCUGUUCCUGCCUUUCCUGAAUAUUGAAAUCAGAGAUCUCCGUGGACCUGGAAGGUACUUCCUGAAGUCCAGCCCUUCUUCAGAAAAUAUACAGGUUCCGUCCUCUUUUACGAACCAGACAGGCAAAACCUGCAUUGCUGAUCCCCUUGCAGGAUUUACUACAACUUUAACACCGUCUCAGAAUGACUUGGUUUCAGAAAGCUGCAAGACAAAACAUUUGGAUGCCCUCUGUGCCAGGAGCAUUCAGAUCCCUUCUCAGCGAAGGCAUCCUUCAGCCAAAAAGGAACAGCUUGACCACCCCCUGUCAAGAAGCGUCAGUGCGUGCGGUCCUCUGCAGAUCGAGGAAGCGGGAGCCCAUGCACACAGCCGUGUGGUGCCCACGGGGAGCUUGCCUACAACGUUCCAGGGGAGAACGGAGUCUUUGGGGCUGGAGUGGCGUUUCCCCAGUCCGGAGCCCAUCACUGUUCCUUAUCUAAGUCCUCUCGUUGUAUGGAAAGAACUCGAAAGCUUAUUAGAAAAUGAAGGCGAUCAUGUGAUGACAGUGGCAGAGUUUGUGGACCAUCAUCCCAUCGUCUUCUGGAACCUCGUGUGGUAUUUCCGACGGCUGGACUUACCCAGUAGCUUGCCUGGAUUAAUCCUGUCCUCUGAGCACUGCAAUAAAAAUUCCAAGAUACCCAGAAACUGUAUCUUAGAGAACAGCAAGCACGUUCUGAUUCAAAUGUUGUGGGACAACAUGAAAUUGCACAAAGAUCCGGGACAGCCUCUCUAUAUUCUGUGGAAUGCCCAGACUCAGAAAUACCCAGUGGUUCGUUUACUGCAGAAGGAUGACAGUUGCUUUAACCAGGAACUCUUAAGGAACAUGGUAAAGAGUAUUAAGAUGAACGAUGUCUACGGACCAAUGAGUCAGAUCCUAGAGAGGCUGAACAAAGGACCACAGAUUAAAAGGCAAAGGAGUCUUUAUAGAGAGAUACUGUUUCUCUCUCUCGUUGCUCUCGGGAGAGAUAAUAUUGAUAUAGAUGCUUUUGACAGAGAAUACAAAAUGGCUUACGAUCGUCUUACAGCCAAUCAGGUCAAGAACACCCACAAUUGCGAUCGGCCACCAAGUACCGGAGUGAUGGAAUGUCGAAAGACUUUCGGGGAGCCAUACCUGUAGAAAGAACCGUGGCGUGUAACGAAGUGCUUCGUAGGUGAAAAGCCACAGCCACCGCAGCCUUCGGAAGGACUCUUGUUCUCCCUUAAGAAAAAGCACCUUCGCGUUUUUCUGAAUGAGAAUUCCCUACAGGGAACAAAAUUCUGGAAUAGCGAAAGACCCGGGGGCUCCGGCGGGCCCUCUCUUCAUCUUGACGCAGUUCUGAGCCGCGGGGUGUAGAAUCUGGCACAUUUUGCGGCAGAAAGGUGUGAAUCAGGGCGGACCAAAAGCGUGCAGGGGAGGGUGGCAUGCAUCAGAUAAGCUUUUUCAAAACUCUUUGCAGAGAAGGUGCAAGAAGUCAGAGUGCAGACCAGAGUUAUAUUAUAACAGAUUUUAAAUUAUUUCUAGCAAGUUCAUAUUUUUUAAACUUUUUAAAUUCCUAUAGUGAACUGGGUGACUUUGUUGCAUAAGCAAUACUUUUGUCCUCCUUCAGAACAUUGCUGUGUAUAGCAACUGGUUCUUCCCCCCCCCCCAAAAGAAGCAUUUCUUUCGUUUUGCUUUUUUUAUGUUAUACAGAACUUUCAGUACUGUAUUUCCUAUUCCACAAAAUCUACAUUUACCUAGCUAAUUUUAGCUGACAAGUAUUACUGACUGAUAGGAAGCUUUUGUAAGUAACUCAGAUUUGUCACUGUUUGAACACUGAAGCUGACAUCGCUUUCACUAUGUCCCACGGCGCUGAGCUUCCCCAAUGUUUUUGUGUGAAAGGCCUGAUUGAAUAUUGGAAGCUUCUGCUGGUAGGUAAUCUGUUGCAGAGAACAAUCUAAAGAGAUCUGGAGCAGCGUACGUGCUUCUCUGCGCUGCAUCAUGAUUGGCUUUCAAAAGUCUCUGCAGUUUCCAGAGGGGGUUUUCUUAAUAAUCUUAAUAAUUAUAUUAAUGAGAUUUUGAUUCCACCAGUUCCCCUUGCUUCUGAAGUUCCCCCAGUUUUAAACAGCAUACCCAUCUGACUGUUAAAGAAACUUAAAUCUGAAACCAGUGUAUGCUAUGGAAAGCUGUUAAGUGUCUAAGGGAUAAUUCAGCAAGAUUUUUUCCCCUCAUCGUUCUCCUGUAAGUUUCCCGGGUGAACCAUACUUUUCUAAAGAUUUGCGUUCAUCUUUUAUUUUUCGUUGAAUAUUUGGACUUUCCUCUCUAGGAAUCGUGUGAUAAAGCUGUAUGUUCUGAAACAGUGUAUAGGCAAUUUCAGAAGUCACUCACUGCUAAUUAUUUAGCAAUGUAUGGGAUACUUGUCUGUUAAUUUCCCUGUACAGUUCCUAAGUUAUUGUAUCUCCAGAGGAAACAAAUGUAAAUGCCUCUAAUACUACAUUUGUGAGUAUGGGUCGUCCUCAGUUAGCAACCACAGUUGGGACCGGCCACUCGGUCUUUAAGUGAAGCAGUCACUAAGUGGAACCAUGACUGUGCUUAUGAUCUUACUUCAGCUUUCCUUUGCUUUACAGACCUGCAAAGGUUGUGACUGGGAGGAUUGGUCACAAAGUUACUUUUUUGUCACUAUUGUAACUGUGAACGGUUGCUAAACGAGGCAGUUGCUAAACGAGGACUCCCUAUAGUAGGUGCCACUUUCUGAGCUGUACAAAAGCCACUAUUUUAUAGCACUUUAUAGCCAUGAUGGAAGGCCCGGCUUCUUCCUGAGCUGUAACUGAUGGAUUAAGAGAACCACUGGCCAGACUCAAUGCUUCUAUCUUUGUGCUGGAAAAUACCUAGCUUACUUUUUGGCAGAAAUGCUUUCUGACCAAGGACAUUUGCUUGCGGUUCUGCAGGUGCCUUCAUCCAGGUAGGCUCCCACGUUGGCCGAACUCACGCGAGUGAAACCUUUGGUCCCAUUCAAGUUAAAGCAAGUCCUAUGAGCUCCUCUUGAAGCGUGGUUGAAUCAGAGACUACGGCAAAGGGUCUUACCCAACUGCUACUAAAAAGAGAGUCUACCUUUAAGUUUAAGUAGGAAUUACAAAGUCUUCGACUGCUCACUACCCAUUGACGAUCUGUUGCGUAUCCAUGGCAUCCAAUUCAGGAAGUGGAGCCUUAACUUGGCCAUAUCUGUUCGGUCAAGCCGUGCUUUUAUUGCAUAGUCAUAGGAGACAUUCAUCUCUCCCUUUCUGAACAAGUGAUCUCCAGAUUGGUUUGGAAACUCCCUUUAUUUUCAAAAGCUGUUUGCCCAAUGGCCCGGAGGGCUGUUAAUCGGCUGAGCUGAAACAUUUGCCAGAGGAGGCAGAGGGGGAGAAAUCCAAAAUGUGUCUGUAGUGGUGGACUUGUUCCUGCAGCCUGGUAUGUCAGUGUUAACAGGAAGCCUCUCCCCAUGUCAUGAUUUGCAGCACUGAUGCAGCAUUUGUGAAGAUUUGGUUUAGCUUUCUGAUUCUUCUGGGCAAAAGGAGGGAUCUGGAUUUGAAGCUGCUGCUUAAGGAAUCCAGGCCUGCCUAUUCUUGAGAGUAAACUUCCCCGUCUGGCUCCCAGAAAGCUUUGUAAUCAAAGGGAGCAGGGACUGAAUACCAAACUUUCUGAAACAAAAAGUUUCCAGUUCAGUUUAUACUAAUAUCAAGAAAGGCUGCCUCUUGGGGAAAAGAGACAAUUCUGGGGCCUCUUGCAGUCCAACCAUGGAAUUCUGGCUUAUUUUAUAUUCCCUUAAAGGCCGUUUCCCCCCCUUCUUUUUAAAAACACUGAAUUUAAAGUGAAAAGUGGUUUUUCCUUCCUGAUUUAUCCUAAUACUUUGGACUAGUUUUAUACUUCCACUUGUCAUAAAACCAGCCUCCCAUCUGUUUGUUUCAUGGCAUCAGACUGAACAAAAUGUUCUCAAAACUCUGUAAUGUAUAAAUAAUGGCUUUAUCAAGAAACUGGUAAAGUAUUUUAUCAUAGUAACUUAGCAUUUCAGUAGGAAAUAUUUUACUCCAAAGACAGAAAUGGAUACUCGUUACAUGUAAAUGUGAAUAUAAAAUAUAAAAGGAAAAAGUAAAAUUGGUGGAUUUCCAGAUAUUAGUUUUAUUUCUCAAAAAUAUGAUCUCACUGGAAUUUCAAAAUGGACAUUUUAUUAAUUUUCAAAAGAGCACUUUCACAAAUGAAUGGUUGUAGAUUUGUACAUAUGAACUGUUUACAUUUUGUUUACCAAAAAAAGGACAUCAGUUCAAGUGUUUAUUUUUGGUUUCAAUUUGUAGGUCAAUUUUAAGGUGUAUAUUUCAAUAUUCACAAGGGAAAAGGUAUUUUUUUUCCUGAAAUGUCAUAGAAAAAAAUUACUAUUUAAAGUUUUACAAAGACUCAAUAAAGAAAA